CCGAGUUCUGUCGUAAUCCUUAAGGGAGGGGCUUCAAUGUUGCCUUCUCCAUUCGGCUUUCGAGCUUAUGUUGAUCGUGACAAGAGAAUAAACUUGCAAGUUGCAACGGACUUUUGCACUUGGUUAUAAGUAUCAUUCUUUCUCUUGUGGACGAGCUGCUUACAAUAGACAUUUCCUAGUCCGAAUUUCCAUACAUUAUCGCAAUAAUGAAAGUCACAUUCUUCCUCGCGGCGUUUAUCGCCACUGUUCUGGCCGCUCCUGCUGCUCAGCCAGUUGCGAAGCGCAAUUUCGAUGGCAUAUACGUCGUUGGCGGAGAGGAAGGUGAAAGUGCCGAAAAGCGUAACUUUGACGGAAUCUAUGUCGUCGGAGGAGAAGAAGGGGAGAGCGCCGAAAAGCGUAACUUCGAUGGAAUCUACGUUGUAGGUGGAGAAGAAGGAGAGAGCGCCGAGAAGCGUAAUUUCGAUGGAAUAUACGUUGUUGGUGGAGAGGAGGGAGAGUCGGCUGAGAAGAAGCGUAAUUUCGACGGCAUCUACGUCGUUGGGGGAGAGGAGGGCGAGUCGGCUGAGUAGCGUAGUUUCGACGGAAGUGAUCUUGAAUUCUGAGAGAGAUCUAAUGCCAAAUCGAAGAAGUGAACAAGAUGUUAUUGAUGUGUCUCAUCAAAUAAAGGUUCGUCAAGG